AUGGAGCCUCUUGAUCCGGGCCGACUGGGUUUCGGCCUGGUGGCUUUGGACCUGGAGUGCAUCCAUGACCACAUCCAUGGCAGCUAUGCUGCCAUGAACUGGCAUGAGACAAGGGACCAGUCCGCUUGGAAAGCUCGAAGUCAGAUCAUCGAGCUGGCUGCGGUAAACCUGGCAACCGGCGAGUCGCUGCUUCUGCGCAGCCGACCUGAGUUCAGUUGGAACGACGUGAAAUCCGCAGCUACAAGGCUCUUUGCUGAGCAUAGCGGCCACAAGGCUAUCGUCUGCGAUGCAUCGCUGCCGCUCUUCGCGCAGUUGUGGCCGACACAAGUGGUGCCCUUCCUGCAGCGGGCUGCGGGCGUGACCGGCAAAGUGGUGCUCAUCGCGCACAACGGCGAUCGCUUUGAUCACUAUGUGCUUAGCAAGGAGAUCUCCAGGCUGGGUCUUGACAUGGGCCGGUGCCCACGACUGGUCUCUGCAGACACGGUUGCCACACUGAAGAAGAGGAGACUUGGCUACGGCCACGUGCAGCAACUCUAUGGUCAGCCUGGAUCUCUCGCCCUGCAGCAAUUGUACAUGACUUUCGUACCAGAAAAGCAGCGAGCUGCCGGCCUACAACAACAUCAGGCUCUUGACGACGUCCGGAUGAUGUGCGACGUCAUCGCUUUCGCGCCGUACUUGGCGCCAUUGCUCGCGCAGGACAUCGUGAUGGCUGCCCAUGGUGCUGAGAUCCCAGCAAUCACACAUGCUGUUUGGCAGCGCUUGCUUUAUCCGGAAAAGGCCAAGGGAAAGGGAGGAGGCAGCAGCGCCGCAACCGACAGCAGCACGGCCGGUACGAAGAAGAGUGGUGGCUUGGCAAGACAACUCAUGGUGUGGGGCGAUGCGUGGAACUGGGGCCAUGGCUGGUCCGAUUGGUGGGGCCCUGGCGACUACUGGGCCUGGGGAGAUACAGACCAUGCCUACGCCCAGCCUCGGGCAAAGGACCGGGCCAAUCGCAAUCGGCGACGUAAUCCGAGGCAGCCCGUUCAGGAGGAGUCCGCAAGCAGCAGCGCCAUGCAUGCGCCUGCUCCGGAUGCUCCAAAGCACAGUGCGGAGAAAGUGAACUGGCAGUAA